AUGGCCAAUCCCCAUGUCCUUGUUAUCGGUGCGGGAGCUGGAGGAGUGGCUACGGCUACGAGGCUAGCAAAAAAAGGGUUCAAAGUCACUGUUGUGGAGAAGAAUUCAUCAAUAGGUGGCCGGUGUUCUCUUUUCAGGCAUAAUGGUUUUAGGUUCGAUCAAGGGCCUUCUCUGUUGCUCAUGCCAGAACUUUUCCACGAAACGUUCGCAGAUCUAGACACUACUAUGGAAGAUGAGGGCAUCAAAUUAGAGAAGUGCGAACCAAAUUACCGGGUGUGGUUCUCAGACGGUGAUGUGUUUAAUAUGUCCACCGAUCUUUCAAAAAUGAAUAGCGAAAUUGAACGCCACGAGGGUAGAGGUGGGAUACGAAAGUUUUUCUCGUUUAUGACUGAAUCUGGAAGGCAUUAUGAACUGUCCAAGCUAUAUGUCCUGAAGUGCGAUUUUCCACGACUGUUAAGCAUGCUACGGUUGCCACUUCUGCGUUCCCUUUUUGCACUGCAUCCUUUUGAAAGCAUCUACUCGAGGGUUAGCAAAUAUUUCAGCUCAGAUAAGAUGCGAAUGGUGUUCACGUUUGCAAGCAUGUAUUUGGGUAUGAGUCCUUUUGAAGCCCCCGCAACAUAUUCUUUGCUUCACUUCACAGAGCUCGCCCAUGGAAUAUGGUAUCCUGUUGGUGGCUUCCAAAAAGUACUUGAAGCAAUCGCAACAAUAGGCAAGCGGCUUGGUGUUGAAUACCGUUUGAACUCUCCUGUAUCAUCUAUUUUGGUAUCAGAAGACGGAUAUUAUGCGACUGGCGCCUGCUUGGAAACAGGAGAACGUCUGGAGGCGGAUCUUGUGAUUGUAAAUGCUGACUUAGUCUAUGCUUAUAACACACUUCUACCGCCCUCGAAUUUUGCACGCUCUUUACAAAAAAGACCGGUGUCUUGCAGCAGUAUUUCAUUCUUCUGGUCAUUCAACCAGAAGAUUCCAAAACUCAAAACACACAAUAUAUUCCUUGCGAGUAAGUAUAAGGAAAGUUUUGAUGCAAUCUUUCAGGGCCGCAAACUUCCUCAGGAGCCAUCAUUUUAUGUGAACGUGCCCAGUCGAAUCGAUCCGACAGCAGCACCGGAAGGCAAAGAAGCAGUGAUAGUCCUUGUUCCGGUCAGCCAUCAAGCUGACGAUGGCCCUACAAUGAGUGAGACGAUUCGGAAAGACUGGGACAUUCUCGUUGCGCGCGUUCGUGAAACUAUUUUUCACACCCUUGAGCAGCGCACUGGAUGCAAAAAACUCCGCGAUGACCUUUUGCACGAGCAGGUAGAAACCCCAUUAAGCUGGAAGUCCAAGUUUAACUUGGAUCGAGGGGCAAUAUUGGGCUUGUCCCAUUCAUUUUUCAAUGUACUGUCGUUCCGCCCGAGCAUAAAACAUAGCAAAAUCAAGAGGCUCUACUUUGUAGGUGCGAGCACGCAUCCUGGAACAGGGGUCCCCGUUUGCCUUAGCGGAAAACUAUAUGCCGCGAUAUUUGAUCCUGCUAUAAAUCGAGGCUCGACCAAGGAAACUGUAGUGCUUCACAUACGGAAUGAAUUCCGUAUGUAA